CUGUGGUCGAUUUGACUAUUUUAGUGCAUUUCUUACAAAAAACUUGCGUUCAGUUUGGUUUGUUCCCCCUUCACUGGAUUGUUGCUAUGCUCCAAUAUCAGUAUGGGUGUGGUGGUGAUCCCGGUAUGAAUUGGUCCAGAUUCGCGUCAAAAUUUGGCGCCUGAGGCCUUCUGGUUCUUCUGGACGUACAAAACGACCCGCAGACGGAGAUUUAAAAAAAAAAAUGACCGAAUAACAUUUUUAAUACCGUCUACAAAAGCAUGAGCAGGAACUGACGGAAGGUCCGCCGGAUCUUAAGCGCUAUCAACAGGAGGUCUGCUUGUCCAUCAACGCGGGAAGUGAAGCGGGAGUGAAGCCCUCAGUGGAGGAUCAUGAGCGAACUGGAGCAGUUGCGGCAGGAGGCCGAGCAGCUGCGCAAUCAGAUACGAGAUGCCAGGAAAGCGUGCAGCGACUCCAGUUUGUCCCAGAUCACAGCUGGGCUGGAUUCAGUGGGGAGGAUCCAGAUGCGCACAAGAAGAACCCUACGGGGCCAUUUAGCCAAAAUCUAUGCCAUGCACUGGGCUACUGAUUCCAGGCUAUUAGUGAGCGCAUCUCAAGAUGGAAAACUCAUCAUAUGGGACAGCUACACAACAAACAAGAUGCACGCCAUCCCUCUCCGAUCAUCCUGGGUCAUGACAUGUGCCUACGCUCCAUCUGGGAACUACGUGGCAUGCGGAGGCCUGGACAACAUCUGCUCCAUCUACAGCCUCAAGACCCGCGAGGGCAACGUUAGGGUCACCAGAGAGCUGCCUGGGCACACUGGUUAUUUGUCAUGCUGCCGUUUCUUGGAUGAUAGCCAGAUAGUCACGAGCUCUGGAGACACCACAUGUGCUCUGUGGGACAUAGAGACCGGACAGCAGGCCACAAUCUUCUCAGGCCAUAGCGGAGACGUGAUGAGUCUGUCUCUGGGUCCGGACUCUAGGAGCUUUGUAUCAGGAGCCUGUGACGCCACCUCCAAGCUCUGGGACAUCAGAGACGGCAUGUGCAGGCAGUCCUUCACGGGACACGUCUCUGACAUCAAUGCCGUUUGCUUCUUCCCCAAUGGGAAUGCAUUUGCGACCGGUUCGGACGACGCCACGUGUCGCCUGUUCGAUCUACGUGCUGAUCAGGAGCUCAUGAUGUACUCUCAUGACAACAUCAUCUGUGGCAUCACGUCUGUGGCUUUCUCCAAGAGCGGCCGUCUGCUCCUCGCCGGCUACGACGACUUUAACUGCAACGUCUGGGACACGCUGAAGGGAGAACGCGCAGGCGUUUUGGCCGGACACGAUAACAGGGUGAGUUGUUUAGGCGUGACCAACGACGGCAUGGCCGUGGCCACCGGCUCAUGGGACAGCUUCCUCAGGAUAUGGAACUGACCUGCUCGGACAGUACUGGAGAUUGACGCGCCACUCUGACCAAUCACAGUCACUGUAGCGGCCUGCUUCCACAGAGGAACCCCCAACCCCCACCACCACCCCCUUCUUUCCCCGGUGAUCUCUUACUAGACGUUUUCCCUUUUGACCACUGUGCAAAAUUCCAGUCUUGAUUUCCAGAGGAUGAGUGAGGCAGAUCUCUCUAUCUUUCUCUUUCUCUUGUGCUCGCCCUCUCUCUUGUUUUUUUCCUCUCUGUCGUUCACUCUCUGUCUAUGGCCUCCGAAUCUGAAAAAUCCCAAGGAAUAGACUGUCAUGUAAAUACCAUUUGCUAUUCUCUGUGCUUGUAUGUGAAACGUACACACUUGGUGUUUGGAUGUUGUGCGAAAAUUUUUAACAGUGA